AUGCCCCAGUUGACCGCUCAAGGACUUGCCGUCCACGACAUUGUGGGUUUUUGGCGAUCCAGUUGGAAUCCAGAAAUUGUUGUCUUGUUCUUGAGACGCAGAGUUGAAGAUGCGUGGAAGGAAACUGGCUUUUCUAUUAGAGAAUGGCAACACAAAAAGUUGAUUCUCCUUGAAGGGGCAACCGAAGAAAAUCCCAAGAACUUAAUACAACAACUACUUAGGACAUGGAUAGUAUUGAUCAUUAAAGCAGUUGAAGAUUACGGUAGUCUCAAUUCUAGAUACUGGCAAGUAGCCGGAAUUGAAGCAGCACUGUAUGGUUUAGACUUAGACUCCUCUCGUCUUUUAGUUCUGAGGAAUCAGGAGUCAGGAUCAAGGAUUCCAUUAUCACCACCCCUCAACAUGGCUUUGUCGACGGAGAAUGGGAUCCCGGAAACCCGCUCAAAGCUUAAUCCACAUGCUUGCGCAUGUGCAAUAGUUGCAUCUAUGAUAUCCAUCAUUUUUGGCUAUGACACCGGGGUGAUGAGUGGAGCAAUGAUAUUCAUCAAAGAGGAAUUCGAUGUCAAGGAAUCACAACUGGAAGUCGUUGCCGGAAUCCUAAACAUGUGUGCUUUGGUCGGCUCUCUCUGUGCCGGAAGAACGUCCGACAUAAUCGGCCGGCGUUACACGAUCGUUAUAGCAUCCCUGAUUUUCCUGCUGGGCUCAAUCGUGAUGGGGUACAGUCCAAGUUACGGCGUCCUACUAGCAGGAAGGUGCACGGCUGGUGUAGGCGUCGGCUUUGCGCUGAUGAUCGCACCUGUUUAUUCUGCCGAGAUAUCGUCUCCAUCCUACCGAGGAUUUCUCUCUUCUCUGCCAGAAGUUGGCAUUAGCGUUGGCAUAUUACUCGGUUAUAUCUCCAAUAUAAGUCUCUCCGGCUUGCCUCUACAUCUUAACUGGAGACUAAUGCUCGGGCUUGCAGCUGUCCCAUCUCUUUGUUUGGCUAUUGGCGUUCUCAAAAUGCCCGAGUCUCCGAGAUGGCUUGUGAUGCAAGGCCGCGUAGGAGAUGCCAAGAAGAUUCUGUACAAAGUCUCCAAUGAUCCUGAAGAAGCCGAAUAUCGAUUAAGCGACAUAAAAAAGGCUGCCGGGAUUGAUGAAAAUUGCAACGAUGAUAUUGUUAAAUUGCCACGCACAAAAGCCACCCACGGCGAAGGGGUAUGGAGGGAACUACUACUCAGGCCAACCCCGGCGGUCCGUUGGAUUCUGAUUGCGGCGGUUGGAAUUCAUUUCUUCGAGCAUGCUACUGGGAUUGAAGCAGUCAUAUUGUACGGCCCGAGGAUCUUCAAGAAAGCCGGAGUCAGAGCAAAGAAAAAGCUCUUACUCGCCACGGUUGGGGUGGGGCUUACAAAGCUGACAUGCAUCACAAUUUCAACCUUCAUGGUUGACAGAGUUGGGAGGAGAAAGCUCCUGUUGGCAAGCGUUGGCGGCAUGAUAUUAGCAUUAACAGGACUGGGAACCUGCUUGACUAUAGUUGAACAUUCUGGGGAUCGUCAAAUCGCAUGGGCACUGGUUCUAAGUCUUGUGGCAACGUAUUCUUAUGUCAUGUUUUUCAAUCUCGGACUGGGACCGGUGACAUGGGUUUAUAGCUCUGAAAUUUUCCCAUUGAAGUUAAGGGCACAAGGGGCCGGAAUUGGCGUAGCCGUGAACAGAUUUAUGAAUGCCACGGUGAGCAUGACGUUUUUAUCACUUUCAGAAGCGCUUACGAUUGGAGGGGCCUUUUAUCUGUUUGCUGGAGUGUCAGUUGCAGCUUGGUUGUUCUUUUACUUCUUCUGUCCUGAGACCAGAGGAAAGGCCUUAGAAGAUAUUGAAGCCCUUUUCAGCCCCGGCCGAGGGAACUCACCUUCGCAUGCCGCCGCAGAGAAGCCUGACAAAGAGGUGGAACUUGGCAGUGGAGCUGGACAUACUUAA